AUGUCCCAACCUGAUCAACAGUCUAACUCUGUCUCUAUUCCCCCAUCCAUGGAUACAUGCUCCCUACUGGUUUCGAACCUAAGACAACAGGUUAUGAGCCCUGUCAGCAAUUCCAAACCAAUUCCCGUUCUACUAUCCGGCCCCCAAAACUACGAUAUUUGGUUGCAUUACUUUAUGCGUGUAGUUGGUCGUGCCAGUCAUGUUUGGAAAGAAUAUGUUAAUACUGGAGACAUUAAUUCUGUUAGGAUUGAAUAUCCAGUAACUGAUAAUCAGAUUAAUUCGAUCUUAGAAGAUUUGGAUUUUAAUCUUAUUAAUCUUAUUAACAAGAGUGUCUCUAAAGAGAUUGAGAAAACGAUUGAAGAAUCUUUUCUUUCAGCUAAAAUUGAUGGCCCACCUGGACUUUUACUUUUAGAGUAUCUGAGAAGUAAAUAUGGUAGGAAAUGUGUUGAAUCCUCCAUGUCAAUCUUUUCUGAACUAACCUCGGCUUCAUCAAAACCUCACCCUAACAAGGGUAAUUGGGCAAAGAGAUUCAUCGACGCCAUUUUUGAUGGUAAUGAAGAUCUGGAUAUCAAUAAUAUUUUUCAAGAUCCUGCUGUUAGAUCUGCUGUUAAGGAUUAUCACAGGAAAUUAAAGGACUAUGCUUCAGCCCUAUUGUUGAUGGCCCUUACACCAGAAUUGCAACAGAAGUUUAUUGAUUUCUUUGGUCCAAGAAUUUCGAUUUCGUAC